AUGGCAAGAGGUAUCAAUGGACUUCUUACUGGCAUACCGGAGAGCGAAGGGUACGACGCAAUCAUGGUAAUUGUUGAUCAGUUAACAAAGAUGCGACAUCUCCUACCAUGUAACACCACCAUCAACUCCGAAGACCUCGCCCAACUAUUCCUGCGAGAUAUAUGGAAUCUACACGGGCUACUCACACAUAUCACCUCCGACCGCGGCACGCAAUUUACAGCCAAAUUCUGGAGGGCACUCUGUAAACACCUCGGUAUCGAAGCAAGAAUAUAUACCGCCUUCCACCCGGAGACCUAUGGCCAAACUGAAAGACUGAACACCGUAAUGGAACAAUAUCUACUUGGAUACGUCUCUUAUCAACAGGACGAUUGGGUAAAAUGGCUCCCUAUAGCAGAAUUCUCCACCAACAAUCAGGUCUCCACAUUCACCAAAGCCAAACCAUUCUUCGAGAACUAUGGUUUCCACCUCUAG